CCAACCAAUGUGAGAGAAGAUCCCAGCAUCCCCACCUAUGGGCUCAAAUAAUCCAUCUCAUUGAACACCAGGCUACAGGACUACUAUGUGGUCCUAUCAACAUCUGUGCAGUCAGAUGGGUGCAAAGCACCCAGCACCGUACCACCUUACCACUGGGAAGUGGUAAAGAGCUGGUUAAUUGCCAAUUCAUUCUCUCUAACCAAGGACAUGCUCAGAGUAAAAGAAAGUUCAAAGGAGAAAAAGUUAACAGUCAGCCAAGAUCUUAAGGGCAGAUAUGCCAAACAUGCAGCCACUACCCGAGUGUUGUCCAGGGACAGUGGGACGACAGCCUGGAAGGGCUGGACACUGCUUCCUGAAACCCAAGAGCAACAGCAGUUGGGUCAUGCCACUAUCCAUGGCAUCCUCACUGAGGGUUACCAGGCUCUGUACCACACUGUGGUAGAGUCCAUGCUGUGAGAUCCUUCUGGAAGCCCCAAGAGGCACAGAGCUCAAGAGCUAGGCGAGGCCAUUAAACAAAGGCCCUGGGAAGCCUUGCACAGUCAGCUGCCACCAGGAGUGCGUGGAGGGGCUUGA